AUGGGUGACGAUAACGUGAAGGCUGAGGCUUUGGAGAUACUCGGAAUGUUCCAAGUCCUUCCGAGAUUGGUUGUCUUCGAUCUUGAUUACACUCUCUGGCCUUUCUAUUGUGAAUGCCGCUCCAAACGUGAAAUGCCAUCGCUUUAUCCCCAUGCUAGAGGUAUAUUGUAUGCACUGAAGGAAAAAGGAAUUGAUCUUGCCAUUGCUUCUAGGUCCCCAACUGCAGAUAUAGCAAAGACAUUUGUUGACAAAUUAAGCAUCAAGUCAAUGUUUGUAGCCCAGGAGAUCUUUUCGAGCUGGACACACAAGACAGAUCAUUUCCAGAGAAUUCAUACAAGGACUGGGGUCCCCUUCAACUCAAUGCUUUUCUUUGAUGAUGAGAACAGGAACAUCCAAGCGGUUUCAAAUAUGGGCGUCACAAGCAUUUUGGUAGGUAAUGGGGUAACUGUUGGAGCAUUGAGGCAGGGUCUUACAAAAUACUCUGAAAAUGUGAAUACAUCUGAGAAGAACAAGCAGAAAUGGCGCACAAAGUUCUCCAAAAAUUCGAGUUCAUCUGAGCAGAAUGAAAAGAAUUGA